AUGGCUCCAUACAAAGGAGACAAUGUGAGAUAUCAUCUUCCCGACUUUCGUCGUGGUGCAACAAGUCAAUUGCGUGAGCCAAGAGGACACAUUGAAAAAUUUAAUUAUAUGCAUUCUUCAUGUAGAAAUAUAGUAGAGCGUACAUUUGGUGUUUGGAAAGCAAGGUGGUCUAUUUUGCGAGAUAUGCCUUAUUAUAAUAUUGAUACUCAAAGGGACAUCGUACUUGCUACUAUGGCCAUUCACAAUUAUAUCAAACAAAAAUGCAAUGUGGAUGAUGCAUUUCAAACGGCUGAGGAUGAGAGAUAUAUUCCAUUGGUUGACUCCGAAUUUGGCUCAAGUUCAAACACUAACAAUGAAGAAAACAAUAUGGAAGAACAAAAUGAUACUUAUUGGACGGGGCUUCGUGACAUGAUUGCUAAUGAAAUUGGUAACGCUUGA